GGUAAAUCCACUAUGUAAAAUCAGACACCAAAGUCAUAAACCGAAGAGGAAGUCCAUGGGAGGAACACUGGAGAUGGGGCUGCAAUGGCUUUUAUGGGAAAACGUGAGUGAGGUGAAGAAAGCUGUUAUGCUCCAGUUACAUUGUUCUCAACCACAGAAAUUCAGGGAGAAGGAGCAUGGAGGAGGUGAAGAAGCACAAGGGAAGACAUCGGUUGUCUGUGGAGGCAUGUGAGGAAGGAGGGGAAGGAGAAAUGGUCCUGUUUCUGCCUGUCUGCUGUUUUGCUGCAUCAAAGGGGCCUACUUUUGCUAUAUUUUUUGGAUUGUGCAUGUAGGGUUGCUUUCUAAUCUUCAUUUCAUUUUCCCCAAAUUUUUGUGUCUGAGUUUUCUUUUACUUGGGUAGCUUGACAAUAAAUCGAAGUUAAAAUU